AUGAAUUAUUCUCUGCUUGGACUAUUCACAGUUGUCUUCUCCAUCUCUUUGGCAUUUCCAUUUGGCGACAAUCCAGAUCAAUCUGAAGGAUUUCAAAAAUUCAAGAAUCUUCUUCCUCGAGAACUAGUAGAUGCAUACAGUAAUCUGGGUCAACAGGAUAAAGAAGAUCUGAAAUAUGUGUUCCGUAAUUAUCAAAACUAUCAAAACGAACAAGAAAUGAUUGCUGCUCUGAAACAAAGAAAUCCAUCUCUCGGCUCUCGCGUUGAGAGAAAAAUGUUUGAAUUGAAGAGGAAAGUUGCUGGUUUGAGUGACGAGUCGAAGGAAUUUGUGGAGAAUUUAUUGGCAACUGGAAGACAAGUUUAUGCUCGAAAACUCAACGGCCAGCAGAUCGAUCGUUCGGAAUUGAGACAGAUUGGAAUGGGAGUCGCCCAACACUACCGUUCUCUGUCCCCAUACUCUCAAAACGAACUCCAAACCACGUUUCCUCAGAUUUUCCAAUUUCUUCAGCAAGCGCGUGCUCAAGGACUCCGAGGAAUGCUUCAAGGAUUCUUUGGUGGUGGUGGAAUGGGAAAAUAA